GAAAUAAAGUAACUUUUCAAUGAUAUUGUAAUUUUUUAGAUGCACUAUUGCACAUAAAGACGUAUAAAGCAGUGCGGCGGUGGGUCGGUAGGAGGCGCUGCUCACACUGAUCCUCCGAAACCCGCAGAACCAGAAGAAGAAGAAGAAGAAGCAGCGCGCGGGUAGAGGCGGCGGCCGGAGAUUCAGGAGUAUCACUAUGUCUAAGAGGAAGAGCAGUCAAACUUCAGAAGGUCCACGAAAAAGAGUGAGACCUUCAACAGCAGAAUCAUCAGAAAACGAGGGAGAAGGAAUAUGUUCCAUUCAGGACAGCCGAGGAGACAGUGCCUCAGGGGAAGUUGGUAUUAUAGAGAAGAUCUUUCUGAAGAACUUCAUGUGUCAUUCUUUGCUUGGUCCCUUUACGUUCGGCUCAAAUGUGAACUUCGUUGUUGGAAACAAUGGAAGUGGUAAAAGUGCGAUACUGACGGCUCUGAUUGUGGGUCUGGGAGGAAAAGCACAGACCACCAACAGGGGCUCUUCACUCAAAGGCUUUGUUAAAGAAGGAGAGAGCUCUGCAGAAAUCUCCAUCACUCUGAGGAACCGAGGCCAAGAUGCUUAUAAACCCGACGUGUUCGGAGAGUCCAUCACCAUCGACCUGCGCAUCUCCAGCGAAGGCCUGAGAACCUACAAACUGAAGAGUAACACCGGUUAUCUUGUUUCCUCAAAAAAGGAGGAACUGGUCUCUAUUCUUGAUCACUUCAGUAUUCAGGUGGAUAAUCCGGUUUCUGUGCUGACUCAGGAAAUGAGUAAACACUUCCUCCACUCUAAAGGAGAGGGAGAUAAGUACAGAUUUUUUAUGAAGGCCACUCAGCUGGAGCAGAUGAAAGAAGAUUAUAACUACAUUAUGGAGACAAAGACUGUUACCCAGAACACAGUGGAGAAACAUGAGGAGAUUCUGCAGGACUUGCGGCGUAAAUAUAAGCAAAAGGAGGAGAAGUAUAAGAAUCUGGCCUCUAUUGAUGACAUGCAGGAGAAACUGGAGAAGCUGAAGCAUCAGAUGGCCUGGGCUCUGGUGAGUGAAAUGGAGCAGGAAGUGGAGCAGAUGAGGAAGAGGACGGCGGAGGAGGAGAGAUCUACUGUUAAGUAUGAUCAGAAAGUGGAGGAGUGGAAGGAGAAGGUAGCAGAAGCUGAGCAGAGGUAUAAGCAGUUCCACAACCAGUUGGAGAGCGUUACUGAGCGCGUGCAGAAGCUGCAGCCGGAGUGUGGGCAGUAUCGCAGCCGAGCGCAGGAGUGCAGCAAAGCCUUCAGAACCACUGAGGCUGCGUUUCACAGGCAGAAGACGGCGGUCAGGGACUUGGAGCGGGAUAAAGAGCAGCUGGCCCGGCGUAUCAGUGAGCUGAAGCUCAGCAUCACUCAGUCGAGUGCGGCGGACAGUCAGGCCCGCGUGCAGCAGAUGGAUCAUCUCCAGUCUGAGCUGGAUGCUCUGAUCUUCCAGGAGACCACGCUGGCCCAGCAGAUCGAUCAGUUCCAGCAGGCCUGCACCAGCUCCAAAGACAACCUCAGCAGGAUGAGGCGUGAGGAGCAGGAUCUGCAGCGUGCUGUAGACUCUAAGCAGCGUGAUCUCUCUGCUCUGGAGGGCAGUAGGCACGGUGGACUCCGCCGCUUUGGAGAGCAGAUGCCGGCGUUUUUAGCCGCUAUAGACGAAGCUCAUCGCAAAGGACAGUUCCGCAAAAAACCUGUUGGGCCGCUUGGAUUCUGUAUCCGGCUGCAGGAUGCAGACUAUGCUCUUGCAGUGGAGAGCUGUCUGAAGGCUCUGAUGCUGGCGUUCUGCUGUGAUAACUACGCAGAUGAGCGAGUUCUACAGGCUCUGAUGAUCAGAAGCUUCCCACAGGGACGAAGACCUCAGAUUAUUGUCAGUGAAUUUAUUGAAACGCCGUACAACAUCAGUAACAGGGCUGUAAAUCAUCCUGAAUUCCCAACAGUUCUUCAGGCCCUGGACAUCGACAACCCAGUGGUGGCCAAUUGCUUGAUUGAUAUGAGGGGAAUAGAGACUGUGCUGCUUAUUAAAAACAGUAAAGAUGCUCGGAGAGUGAUGCAGGGAGGAAAUCCUCCUCGUAACUGUAGAGAGGCGUUUACUCGUGAAGGAGAUCAGGUCUACAGCAACCGCUACUAUUCCUCAGACCAGCAGAGGGCGCACUACCUCAGCCGAGACGUGGAGCAGGAAAUCAGGAAUUUACAAGCAGCUAUAAGAACUCAGGAGACGCAGGUGCAGGGCUUCAGGCAGCAGGUUCGAGACGUUCAAGACAACAUUCGUCAGACUGAAGCUCUGCUGAAGAGAGCUCUUAAUGAUCACAAAACAGUGAAGGAUCGCUGCAGAAAGCUGCGUUUGGAGAUCAAUGACUUGAGGAACGUAGAGGAACCGCAGUCAGAGGACCUGAAGCCUCUGGAGGAUGAGUUGGGGGAGCUGAGCAGCAGGUUAGAUGCGUGUCGUGAGGAGUGUGAGGCGGCGCGGCAGCAGAUGCUCACCUCGAAGAGAGUGCACGAGGAAGCAGAACAGCUGUACCGGCAGCACAGAGAGACCUUAAACAGCGUGGCUGAGGAGGCAGAACCCAUUAAGGAGGAGCUGAGUAAGAGUGAUCAAGAAGUAGAGAAGAGCAAGCACCAUAAGAAACAUUAUGAGGAGAAGCGUAAAACACACAUUGCCCAAAUCCAGACACAGAGAAACACACUGGAGGAAAAGGAACAACAGUUACAGGCGUCCACAGAAAAGGCCUGUGAGAUUUCCCCCGAGCGAAUAGAUAUAAGGAGAACAGCCAAGAGCCUCGACACCGAGAUCAACCAUUUAAAACGUAAAAUUAUCACACAGCAAGAACAGCAUGGAGACAGGGACACCAUAAUAAGGGAGUACCAGGAGUCGUUGGAGAGCUACAAUAUCACUGCACAGCAAGUAAAGUGCCUCAAACACUUCACCCAUCUACUGGGCAAGAUCAUGGACACGCGGCAUGAUGUCUACACUGAAAUGAGGAGGUAUCUUUCUGUGCGUUGUAAGUACUACUUUGACUCCAUGUUGUCGCAGAGAGGAUACACAGGAUCCAUGACCUUUAACCACAAGACGGAGGCGCUCUCCAUCUCAGUGCAGCCAGGUGAGGGUGAUAAGGCCGCUCUGAGUGAUAUGCGCUCUCUCUCCGGAGGUGAACGCUCCUUCUCCACGGUGUGCUUUGUUUUAUCUCUGUGGGCGAUAGCUGAAGCUCCGUUCCGCUGCCUGGAUGAGUUUGAUGUCUACAUGGACAUGGUGAACCGGCGGAUUUCUAUGGACAUGAUGUUGAAGAUUGCAGCGAGUCAGCGCUACAGACAGUUCAUCUUCCUCACUCCACAGAGCAUGAGUUCUCUCCCUGUGAAUAAUCUGAUCCGGAUCCUGCGUCUGAAAGAUCCAGACCGCAGUCAGUCUGUUCUGCCGUUUGGUCAGCAGGAGGCGUGAGGAGGAGCCUGGGCUGGAGGCGGAGCAGAAUAACGGAAACUCAGUCAGAAGCUCAGUUUACUGAUUAAGAGCUGAAAUCUUGUUGCAUGUUUUUUUGUUGUUGUUUGUCUUGAAAUAUAGAAUGUUUUUUCCUGGUUCUGUAAAAGUUGUUUAUCUUUCAGGCAGAGGCAAAAAGUUACUCUAGCGGUCAAUAGAAAAAAAGAAGCUUUGAUGUUGAAUAUAUAUAUAUAUAAUAUUUGAUGUUAUAUUGUUGCAUUACUGCAGCUUUACCGUUUAAAACCACUUUAUUUUCUGCAGAUAAAGAAUCUGUGUUCAUAGUGUUGUAAACCUUUCAGAUGUUAGAUAUUUGUCUAAAAUUAAAACCUUUCUGUUAAACACCAA